AAAUGGAGGCCAACGACCAUUUUAACUUUACUGGCCUUCCCCCUGCACCUGCUGCCUCAGGACUGAAACCCUCCCCCUCCUCAGGGGAGGGCCUCUACACUAACGGGUCUCCCAUGAACUUCCCCCAGCAAGGGAAAAGUUUGAAUGGGGAUGUGAAUGUUAAUGGCUUAUCUACUGUAUCUCACACUACUACUUCAGGGAUUUUGAACUCUGCUCCCCACUCCUCCAGCACCUCACACCUCCAUCACCCCAACGUGGCCUACGACUGUCUCUGGAACUACUCACAGUACCCACCCGCCAAUCCUGGCAGCAACCUCAAGGACCCACCCCUUCUCUCCCAGUUCUCGGGGGGACAAUACCCACUCAAUGGCAUCCUUGGAGGCAGCCGACAACCUUCAUCCCCAAGUCACAACACUAACCUUCGGGCUGGGAGCCAAGAGUUCUGGGCCAACGGUACCCAGAGUCCCAUGGGGCUUAACUUCGACUCACAGGAACUGUAUGAUUCCUUUCCUGACCAGAAUUUUGAGGUGAUGCCCAAUGGACCCCCUAGUUUUUUCACCUCCCCACAGACUUCUCCCAUGUUGGGCUCCAGCAUCCAGACUUUUGCGCCCUCCCAGGAGGUAGGCAGUGGUAUUCAUCCUGAUGAGGCAGAAAAGGAGCUGACUUCAGUUGUGGCAGAGAAUGGCACUGGCUUGGUAGGCAGCCUGGAGCUGGAAGAAGAGCAGCCAGAAUUGAAGAUGUGUGGCUACAAUGGCUCCAUCCCUUCUGUGGAAUCAUUACACCAAGAAGUCUCAGUCUUGGUCCCUGACCCCACAGUGAGCUGCUUAGAUGAUCCUUCACAUCUUCCUGAUCAACUGGAAGACACUCCAAUCCUCAGUGAAGUCUCUCUGGAGCCCUUUAACACCCUGGCACCAGAGCCAGUAAGUGGAGGACUCUAUGGUAUAGAUGAUACGGAGCUGAUGGAUGCAGAGGACAAGCUGCCUCUUGAGGACAGCCCUGUGAUCUCUGCCCUUGAUUGUCCUUCCCUCAAUAAUGCCACUCACUUCAGUCUUCUGGCAGAUGACAGUCAAACUUCAGCCUCUAUUUUUGCCAGCCCCACCUCUCCACCCGUCCUUGGGGAGUCUGUCCUACAAGAUAACGGCUUUGACCUGAAUAAUGGUAGUGAUGCAGAACAAGAAAUGGAGACUCAGGUGGCUUCAGACUUCCCACCACCUCUGACCCAGCCAGCCCCUGACCAUUCAUCCACUAUUCAGCUACAUCCAACAACCUCACCAGCAGUCUCACCAACAGCCUCCCCAGCAAUCUCCCUGGCAGUUUGUCCAACAGCUUCCCCAGAGAUCUCUCCAGAAGUCUCCCCAGCAGCCUCCCCGGAAAUCUCCCCAGCAGCCUUCCCAACAGUCUCUCCAGCUUCCUCACCAGCCUUCCCACCAAUCUCCUCAGAAGUUUCCUUGCCGGCCUCACCAGUGACCCCCCCGAAAGCAUCCACCGAAGCUUCCCCUGCAGCUGUCUUCCCAACAGCCUCCCCAGCAAAUAAGGAUGUCAGCAGCUUCCCUGAAACCACCGCUGACUUGGAAGAGGUCACUGGAGAAGGAGUCCCUACUUCUGGUGGUGGUGAUGUUCUAAGGAGACGAAUUGCUACUCCAGAAGAAGUUCGUCUUCCCCUCCAACAUGGGUGGCGGAGAGAGGUGCGAAUCAAGAAGGGCAGCCACAGAUGGCAGGGGGAGACCUGGUAUUAUGGCCCCUGUGGGAAGAGGAUGAAACAGUUCCCGGAAGUGAUCAAGUACCUGAACCGCAACGUGGUACACAGUGUCCGCCGUGAGCACUUCAGCUUCAGUCCCCGUAUGCCUGUUGGAGAUUUCUUUGAAGAGAGAGACACACCGGAGGGCUUGCGGUGGAUACAACUGUCAGCAGAGGAGAUCCCAUCUAGGAUUCAGGCAAUUACUGGGAAACGGGGCCGACCUCGAAACACUGAGAAUGCCAAGACCAAGGAAGUUCCCAAGGUGAAACGGGGCCGAGGUCGGCCACCCAAGGUCAAAAUCACUGAGCUAGUGAAUAAGACAGACAACCGCCCCACAAAGAAACUGGAGGCCCAAGAAACACUGAAUGAGGACGAUAAAGCAAAGAUGAAUAAAAUCAAGAAGAAGAUGAAACAGAAGGUACAACGUGGAGAGUGUCAGACUACUACCCAAGGGCAGGUGAGGGACAUCAGAGAUUACACAAGGGCGGACUCUUCUUCUUCUUCUUCUGCUAAUUCUUCCUCUCCUUUGUCUGCUUCUUCUGAGAAGUCAACGACAACUUCGGCAAAACCGAAGGAUUAGGCUAAGAGUGCGAAGAAGGAGAAGGUAAAAACGAAGGAAAAGGAGGAGCUGGCCAAAGCCAAGCCAGCCUGUAAAGCAGAUAAAACACAGGUCACACAGAGGUGCUUGGAGGAGCGGCAGAGGCAGCAGAUGAUCUUGGAGGAGAUGAAGAAGCCCACAGAGGAUAUGUGUCUGACUGACCACCAGCCUCUGCCUGACUUCUCACACAUCCCUGGUCUGAUCCUGCCUAGCGAGACCUUCUCAGACUGCUUGACCAUUGUGGAGUUCCUGCACAGCUUCGGCAAGGUGCUGGGCUUUGACCCUGCCAAAGAUGUACCUAGUUUAGGGGUCCUGCAAGAGGGACUCCUGUAUCAAGGCGACAGUGUGGGCGAGGUGCAAGAUCUGCUGGUGCGGCUCCUGAAGGCUGCACUCUAUGAUCCUGGCUUGCCCUCCCACUGUCAGUCCUUAAAGAUCUUGGGGGAAAAGCUGUCGGAGAUCCCACUGACGAGAGACAAUGUAUCUGAGAUCCUGCGCUGCUUCCUCAUGGCAUAUGGAGUGGAGCCAGUCCUCUGUGACAGCCUACGCACCCAGCCUUUUCAGGCCCAGCCACCCCAACAGAAAGCUGCUGUCCUGGCCUUCCUUGUACAUGAGCUCAAUGGCUCCACCCUCAUCAUCAAUGAGAUUGACAAGACUCUGGAGAGUAUGUCCAACUACAGGAAAAACAAGUGGAUUGUUGAAGGCCGGCUCCGGAGACUGAAAACUGCUCUGGCCAAGCGAACUGGGCGGACUGAAGUAGAGAUGCAGGGGCUAGAGGAAGGCCUAGGGCGGAGGCGCAGCUCUCGGAUCAUGGAGGAGACUAGUGGCAUGGAAGAGGAAGAAGAGGAGGAGAGUACAGCAGCUGUCCAUGGCCGUAGGGGUCGAAGAGAUGGAGAGGUUGAUGUCACAGCAUCUAGCAUCCCAGAGCUAGAACGCCAGAUAGAAAAACUCAGCAAGCGUCAGCUCUUCUUUCGAAAAAAGCUGCUUCACUCAUCCCAGAUGCUUCGGGCAUUCUCCUUGGGUCAGGACCGCUACAGACGCAACUACUGGGUGUUGCCCUAUUUGGCUGGUAUCUUUGUGGAAGGAACAGAGGGGAGCUUAGUUCCUGAGGAUAUGAUAAAGCAGGAAACUGACUCCUUAAAAGUGGCUUCCCACUCAGCGCCCAGCCCAGCCCCCUUUUCUCUGAAGAGGGAAUUAGCUGGCUCCAGCACCUCUGCCAGUUCUCCUGCCCGGGCCCGAGGCCGCCCUCGGAAAACUAAGCCUGAGUCUAUGCAACCUAGGCACCUUAAGUCUCCUGUUAGGUGUCAGGCUUCAGAAGAGCCCCAAGUCCAACUUCAGCCCGAGACUCAACCCUACCCUCCACUUCAGGCUUAUGCCCAACCCCAGCUUCAGUCCCAGCCUCUAACCCAUAAUGGGUUCCUGGAGCCAGAAGGCUCGCUUUUGUCUCUGGGUCAGAGCCAGCAUGACCUCAGCCAGUCAGCCUUCCUGUCUUGGCUGAGCCAGACUCAGAGCCACGGCUCCCUGCUGAGCAGCUCAGUCCUCACACCUGAUAGCAGCCCUGGAAAACUGGAUCUGACCCCAUCACAGCCUCUGGAGGAGCCAGAGCCUGAAGAGGCAGAAUCCAGCCCUGAUUCUCAAGCCCCCUGGUGUAACUUCUCAGCCCAGAUGCUCUGCAAUGCUGCCCCUACACCACCCCCUGCAGUUUCUGAGGACCAGUCCACUCCCUCCCCUCAGCUACCUGUCUCCUCCAAGCCAGUGAAUAGGCCCAGUGCUGCCAGCCCCUGUUCUCCAGUGCAGCGGUCUUCCACCCCCUUGCCUGGGGUGGCUCCUAAAAGGCGAACAGGAGACCCUGGCGAAACAUCACAGAGUCCCAAAGGGCUGGGACAACCAAAACGGAGAGGGAGACCUCCCAGCAAGUUCUUCAAACAGAUGGAGCAGCGUUACCUAAACCAGCUGACAGCCCAGCCUGUUCCUCCUGAGAUGUGCUCAGGCUGGUGGUGGAUCCGAGAUCCUGAGACAUUGGAUGCCACGCUCAAGGCCCUGCACCCACGAGGAAUCCGAGAGAAGGCCCUUCACAAACACCUCAAUAAGCACAGGGACUUCUUGAAGGAAGUCUGCCUGCGGCCCUUAACUGAUUCUAUCUUUGAGCCCAGUCAGUUAUCUGCUUUUCAAGAAGGGGUUAUGAGCUGGUCCCCCAAAGAGAAGACGUAUGAGACAGACCUGGCUGUGCUUCAGUGGGUAGAGGAGCUGGAACAGCGGGUCAUCCUGUCUGACCUGCAGAUUCGGGGCUGGGCAUGUCCUAGCCCAGACUCUGUUCGUGAAGACUUGGCCUACUGUGAGCACCUACCUGACUCCCAGGAGGAUAUCACCUGGAGAGGUCGAGGCAGGGAAGGACUCGCCCCCCAGCGUAAAACUACCAACCCUCUGGACCUGGCUGUGAUGCGACUGGCUGCCCUGGAGCAGAAUGUGGAGCGGCGGUACCUACGGGAGCCCCUCUGGCCAGCUCAUGAGGUUGUGCUAGAGAAGGCCCUGCUCAGCACACCCAGUGCUGCCCCUCAGUGCACCACUGCAGAGAUAUCAUAUGAGAUCACCCCUCGCAUUCGGGCCUGGCGCCAGACACUGGAGCGGUGUCGGAGUGCAGCCCAGGUGUGCUUGUGCCUGGGCCAGCUGGAGAGGUCCAUUGCCUGGGAGAAGUCCGUCAACAAAGUGACCUGUCUAGUGUGCCGGAAAGGUGACAAUGAUGAGUUUCUUCUGCUCUGUGAUGGGUGUGAUCGUGGCUGCCACAUAUACUGCCAUCGGCCCAAGAUGGAAACUGUUCCAGAGGGAGAUUGGUUCUGUGCUGUCUGUUUGGCCCAGCAGGUAGAAGGAGAAUUCACUCAGAAGCCUGGCUUCCCAAAACGAGGCCAGAAGCGGAAAAGUACUUACAUGCUGAACUUCCCAGAGGGUGAUGGCCGCCAACGCCGUGUACUGUCGAGGGGCCGAGAAAGCCCAGCAGUGCCUCGGUACUCGGAGGAAGGGCUGUCACCAUCGAAGCGGCGUCGGCUCUCCAUGCGGAACCAUCACAGUGAUCUCGCAUUUUGCGAGAUUAUCUUGAUGGAGAUGGAGUCCCAUGAUGCAGCCUGGCCUUUUCUGGAGCCUGUGAACCCACGUUUGGUGAGUGGGUACCGGCGCAUUAUCAAAAACCCUAUGGAUUUUUCCACCAUGCGGGAGCGGCUGCUCCGAGGAGGGUACACCAGCUCAGAGGAGUUUGCGGCUGAUGCGCUUCUGGUCUUUGACAACUGCCAGACCUUCAAUGAGGAUGACUCUGAAGUGGGAAAGGCUGGGCACAUCAUGCGACGCUUCUUUGAGAGCCGCUGGGAGGAGUUUUAUCAGGGAAAACAGGCCAAUCUGUGAGGCAAAGGUGGUGGGGAGUCACCUGUGGCAUCUCCCCGCGCCCUCCAAACAAAAACCUGCCAUUCUCACCUGCUGAUGCUGCCCUGGGGCUCGACUCAAAUCUGAUAUAUAUAUAUAUAUAUAUAUAUAUCUGCUAUUUGACUCUCCCUUUGGCAGCACCCUACAUCCUCUUAUCCCUACACCCCUUCUCCCUUUCCUCCUCUUGCUCCUCAAAUAAGAGGGGCAGAAAUGAGGUCCUUCUGGACUGAAAGCCAAAAAAAGAAAGAAAAAAAUAAUUUUCCUUUCUGUUUUAUUUCCUAAUUAAAAAUGAGGAGGAGGAAAGAAGUCCCUACUUCCUCCCCCAGAUUCCUCUCCUUCCCUGUACAUGCCCCAGCAUUCUGGGGCUGUUUAACAAUAGCAAUAGUUCUAGUGAAUGUGUGAAACCGAGAAACACUCUGUACUGUGUGUGGACCCGCAGUGACGGCCAGUAAAGUGGACUUAAUUCCCAAGUGUGUCGAGCCGGACACCGGGCCCUGAACAUGCUGCUUCCAUGUUCAGUCCCUCCCUUGCUUCUCACUUUCUCUCAGUUUUUCACCUUCCGUCCCCUACCCCCUUUCAGAUUUUCUGUCAUCCAAUAAUGUAAAACUAUCGUGUACGGGUUCCUUCAUUCUUUUCCAAAUUUUUUUUCCCUUCAGAGGAAAAACGAAGUUCAGAGGUCCCUGUCUUUCUGUCCUCAUCUUCUGCCAAUAGCUAUCCCCUCUCAUGUGUUGGGUACUCCUCACAUGCCGAGUUUCUAGCCUCUUCUGAAACUCAGUAGCUGGGAGAGGACAGGGAGGCACCCUGGACCCUGGGCCUUGCAGCCUCCUUCCCCACCUCUUACCCAAACCUCCCUCUUGGGAACUCCUCAGGGACAACUACUGCUGAGUUUGGGCGCACCCCAAGAUGGAGGCCAGGUAGCAACCUACUGGCCUGAGGUGUGUGUGUGUGUGUGUGUGUGUGUGUGUGUGUGUGUGUGUGUGUAAGAGAGAACACUGUUAAUUGUGCCCCUGUAUUGUUUGAAGGCAUCCAUUCAAUUUCCUCAACUCUCUGUUUUUAGUCCCAUCUUUCCCAUUGUUCAAACCAUCAUAUUUUUGUCUUUGGGAAACCACAGGAACAGUUUUUCUGGGUACAAGGCUGUGGCUCUUCUCUCUCCCAGUCAUUUCUGUUCCAGCCUCUAAACUGUGCAAUCUUUCAACAGGAACUCCCUCUCCUUUCAGUGGCGUUGAGUCUUAAGCUUUUGCAGGGAGAGGGGUAGAACUGGAUUUUUCCUAAUCCCGUGAGCUUCUGGGGGUUUAGUUGUGCUUUCCUUCCCUUAUCUACUUCCUACCCCAGGACCCUUCCCUGCAGCAGAGAACCUGGAGCACAAAGAGUAGGAGGAGGGGUUUUGGGUCCACCACUGCCCUACAUGUGACUGUGUUCAAGUUAAGUCCCAACGUGCGAGAGGAAAGCUGCUAACUCCCAGCUAUAGCCAUGGGGCCCAGCCCCCUGCUUUCCUGCUCAGCAGAGCCCCUCCCAUCAGAAAUUACGGGUACUUGCACUGGGGAGGUGGCUGCUGGCUGGCCCAAGCAGAGAGCUAAGGCACCCAGGACAUGUUCCAUUGGGGGAGGGUGCCAGUGAGGUGGAGCAUUCCUUGUACUUCUGGCAGCACUGAAUAGCCACGGGGUGGGGGGCAGUGUGGUCCUGGGGCAGCCCUUUCUUAUUCCUUUAUGCCCCUUCUCCCCCAUAGCCUAUUUCUAAAGUCGCCUUUUCUGUCAGAUAAACCUCAAAACUUUUAAUUUUAUUCGAGAUUUUUUUUUUGCUUUUAAAUAAGAGGUGGAUUGAAGAAUAUUUGAAUUGACUUUAUAUUAUGCAUAAAUAUUUAUAUUUUAUCUAAAUAACUGCGCUGUAACAAACUUUGUGUUAGUCAAACGUUUGAAACUGUUAUAGUUGGGGCUCUUCUUUUCUCCCCAUAGCAGUUUUCCCCUGGUGUAAAGUGUCCUGAAGUAAUUUUAUUGUUGGAGGCAAGGUGGACAGGGGAGUGAAAUCUCAAUUGUUCCUACUUGGUGUUCCUCUCCCAGCUCCAUCUCUUUCCCUAGGGACCAGGCACUCUGAAGGUGGGGUGGAGUCCCAGCCUCAGUGUGCAGUGGGGGCUGGGGGCGGGUGGUGGAGUAGGGCAUGAUCAAAGGGGCCAUUUCUCACUUUUCUUUCCUCCUCUUCACUGCCCCUUGAGCUAGGUGGAUUUUCUCUUGAUAAAUAAGAGUAUUUGGUAGGGAAGGCAGGUUAAAAAAAAACACAAAAAAACUCACUCCCUACUCCUUUGUUUCCCCUCCCCCAUCAGUCUGGUAACAGGAAGAAACCACACCAUCAACACCAACAAGUUUCCACGUUCCUUUUACAUCAAAAGGGACUUGACUUUUUAUAUAACCAAAUGUGGUGUUUUAGUGACUUUUUGAUAAUGUACAGUUUUUUGUGAAUUUAAAUUUAUUUCUUUCUAUAUUUUUAGGACCAACCUCAUUUUUAAUAAGGUUUAAAAAAAGAAAAAAAAGUCUAGAGAAAAAACUCCUGUUUUUGCCAUGUGAUGUUCCACAAGUGCAGCUGUAGAAAAGUGCUUGUCAGUUGAAUAAAAACCACAUUUGAUAGAGA